AUUUUAAGGCGGGGCAGAGGGCGGAAGUUCCAAAGUCAUAUGAUCGAUUCGUUAUAACUCUCUGUUCUUGACUCGUUCGUCGCAAAGAUGGCCAGCCAGACGCAGGGUAUCCAGCAGCUUCUGGCCGCUGAAAAGCGCGCCGCGGAGAAGGUGUCGGACGCCAGGAAACGUAAAGCUCGUCGUCUGAAGCAAGCUAAAGAAGAAGCUCAAGAUGAAAUUGAGAAGUAUCGACAAGAACGGGAGAAGCAGUUCCGUGAAUUCGAAGCCAAACACAUGGGCUCGAAAGAAGAUGUAGCUGCGCGCAUUGAAGCAGACACGCGACUCAAGAUAGAAGAAAUGAAUCAGACUGUUGCUGUGCACAAAACUGAUGUCAUGCUUAAAAUCCUGGACUUGGUGUACGAUAUCAAGCCAGAACUGCACAGCAAUUACCGCAUUGAGGUCUAAGCUACAAGAAUCGUUACUCUAAUAGCUAUAAAUAUGAUGCAUCUUAUGCUAUAUAAAUGUACAUUAUAAAUACUACUGUUUGAGGUAUUAUUCCAUAUCUUAAUAUGUAUUUAUCGCUGUUAUAUUGUAUGACAUGUUAUAAUAUAUUUUAUCGGAGAAACUCUGUAUACAAUGUAGCUCUAGACAGUGAUACUCAAACUAACUGAUUAGAGAUCUUUUUCCCACAGUUACCACACACGACAAUAAAUGUAAUUGUUAAUUAUUGCUGAGCUUUUCACUGAGCACACAUUUGGACAGUUUGAGAAUUGCUGUUAUGUAGUUGCAUCGUAACAACAACAACAACAAAUAUAUAUAUAUAUAUAUAUAUACACACAAGUGUAUCGAUAAAACGUCGACCGGAUGUGUCACGGCCUAGAUACAUCAGGACGACGUUUGAUUGUUAAGAUAAGGGUGAUUUAGGGUGGUGGUGGAUAAAUUAUGUAUGUCGAUAAACGUAUGCCAUUAGAUGUCAUUCCAUAAUUCUGUCGCAUCGAGGACGUAAGCCAAACUUUCCUCUACAACCUCUCGCGGUUCACGGACAUGCUCCCAGUCGACGGUGAACCACGCGACGAUGUAGCAAUUUUUCGAAAAACUUCUUUUAUCUUUGAAUGGAUAGUUUUGCCUCAUAUGUAUACUCCGUCUCUGUAAGCUGAUUGAAUGUAUCUGUACAGUAUUAGUGUUCAAAAUACAAAAAAAUAAUAAAACCCAAACUGUACACCA